AAACAUCCGCUAGGCGGCUAGGCCUCUUAGUAGCGCGGUUGAAAUAUCAAGAAGCGGCAAUGGUGACUGAAUAGUUUGCUGGUUGUGCGUGUGCUGUGUGUUUCUUAUGGUCGCAAGUGGAGGGCGGAGGUGGAUACUCGAUUCCUAGGGGGACGCACGCCCAUCGCAGCCCGCUGCAAACUUUCGUGGACCGUCUUACACGGAUUAUCAUCUACGCCUAGUCGGAGGAAUGUGGAAAGCGACGCUUCUUAUCCUACUACUGGUCGCCGUCAAUGGAGUACAACUCACAGCCGAAAAGGUGCAAAGCACGAAAGAAAAGCAUGGGGAUAACGGCAUGUUCUUCAUUGAUGAUCCCCAGAGUGACCAGGCUGUGGAAGGCAGUGCAGAUUUUGAAGACACGGACGCGUCCUCUGGGAUAGGAGACGAUGAAGAUGCUGAGGGCUCUGGGGACGACCACCUAUCCGAAGAGGAGAUGGGUUCGGGAACGGUGGGUCCAGUGUUUGUCACGCCCAAAGUCACGGUGGUCACGGACACGAAACACCCUCCCAAGCACUCCAAGCCAAAGGGCCCCACUCUCAAUCCCGAGGAGGAAAACACUAUUCCAGAGUUGUCCGGUCCAGUGACGUCAACCAAGGGUCCUCGUGUCGACAUAGCGCAGGGACCCCCGAGCGGUGGCUACGACGAUGACAAUCUGCAAAGCAACAAUAUACCCUUGGGGCGCAAGCAGGACAACCGACCGUCCUCCUUUUUUGCUCAGCCUGGCAUUUUGGCAGCGGUGAUCGGUGGUGCCGUCGUGGGCCUGUUGUGUGCCAUCCUGCUCGUCAUGUUCAUUGUCUACCGGAUGCGCAAGAAGGAUGAAGGGAGCUACGCCCUGGAUGAACCCAAGCGGUCACCAACAGUCAACUCUUACAUGCGUAGCAGCAACAAGGAGUUCUACGCCUAGAGACGGAUCACCCCCGACACACGUGCAAAAGGACACCUCCCCUCCUCCUCCUCACUUGCCUCUCCCCGCAUCUCACGCAGCACCCAAGGGGGGGCAAACCGCAAACUCCUCGCACGAAGGCGUCAUCAAAUGCCGCAGCUGCGGAAGUUUAACUAGAAAAAGAUGCGUACGGUUUGCCACGCGCGCUCCCAUGCUUCCCUCCCCCUUUUUUCCUCUCCACAUAGAGUAACUUUUAACAGACUUCUGUUUUCUAGUUUCGUUCUCAUGUUCCUUGAUCCCGUUUUAACGUGAAAGCAUAUUCUUAAAGAAAAAAGACAUUUUAAAGAAUGUUGGGUUUGUUGUGCCUUAUAGUUGUCACUCGAUGUAAUGAAUUUUUUUCUUACAUUAAUUGACUUUUUUUUAACAUCACGUGUCAUCGUCCCGAUGUGCAGUGCAGUCAAUGACAGCUCCUUCCUGUUGGCUCCGCAUGCAGUAAUAUCAUGCCAGCUGGAACUGAAAGGGGCCUUUCAUUCAAUGCUGCCUGUUGAGUGCAGCAUGAAGGGUGUCUCUCCUAUAGUGCCAUUUAUUUAAGCCUUCUUACUUAUAUAGGCCACAACUUUAAUGCUGUGGUUUUUUGUUCAGCGCAAGCUCGCUGUCGGGGAGUAAACAGCGGGAAAAAUCUAGUGCCAGGACUCGUCCCCACACCUGGCCCGUAAAGGUGUAUUGGCAGUCAAAACAGGAAAACUUAGCUGCAUUGUUGCAGCUGUUGCAUCAAGGCACCAACAAGGGAGUGCUUGCUGAAGCAAGCUUUCACCUUGUUCUCGGCUCGGGAAGGUGGCUACAGCAUCAGCUCUAACGUUUUUCCUGUUUGCUCUACCUUGAUAGCAGUGUCAUAAAGAUGUCCAGUUUGUACAUUCCAGCUGCUGUCGGGAUGGGUUUCUUACUGUCGCGCAGUGUCCAUACAGUGACAAUGUUCCUUACAUUUGCAAUGCCCCGCUGGCAAUCGGUCGGAUUCAGUUGCAGACUGGCCAAAAGCUGCGCGAUGUUACAAAUGCCAUGUGCAAUUACACAUUACACUUCUAAGUUCUGUGGGAUCUUGGGUUGGCGUCUCAUCGAUGACAAAGCAGACUACCCACACCCCACUGUAGAACACGCAGGUCGUUUCGUGGAAUCGCGUGGUCUCUCAUCGGUGUACUUUUUACGAAGGCCCCAAUGCUCUGUUCCCUGCCAAGAGUGCACGUUGGCGAGCUCGUAUUAGGCUCUGCACGUGUUCACAGACCAACGGUGUGUGUGUAUGUGUAAAGCUCAGGUGUGUGCCACAAGAUGAGUGCAAAGUGUAGUGUUCCUCUUUCCCCCCCCCCCCUCCCCCACUGUUCCUCUUUGCAUAACUGUGUAUCGUUGUGCUGUGCACCAGAAGGCCUCCCAUCCUGACCAAGUCUCAAUUGCUGUACAUCAGUUCAGACUAGCAGGUGACAGUUUCAACUUCAGCAUGAAACGAGAAUCAGGCUCUCUUCAAACAUCCAUACUUUCAAAAGGCCCUUAAGCUUUUUCUGUUGCAUUUUUUUGCUUUUCCGGUGCUGUUGCUCCCAAGAUAAAAUGAUGCCUUGGAAAUGCAGUGUUCAAGAAUGUCUUGUAAUCUAAUCGUUCAGCAAAGAGCAGUAGUGGAUAAGUAAAUCUGGAAGACUUUCUAAAAAGUGCUGCUGCACUUCACAGAUGUUCGAUUUUUUAAGCUACAAUUGGUUCAUACGCACUGCACUGGUCAGGGUGGGCUGAACUUUUUUAAGCUCUGCGAGAACACUUGCCAUGCCUGCAACCUGCCCAAGAUGGUUCUUUUUCUAGUAUCCCCGUGUGCCUAGCUCCCUCUCCUCUCACUCGAAGUGCUUGUAGAGUUUUGUAUCGCCCAUUUUUUCUUUUCUAUACGAUAUACACAUAUACACGAAUGGGAUGUGUCGUGCAAGUCUGUGUGUGCCUGUUUGAUUCACUCUGUGCAAGAAAGGCCUGGCUGUAGCUUGAAAAUCUGGGAUUGAAUGGGACAUCGGUGCUUUUCAAAUAGAGAAGAGCAUUACCAUUAUCUCACUGGAGCCCACCUGCCCACGCUGUCUGGGCCCCUCUUAUGCAUCUAGCCUUUUCGUAACGGCACAUCUGCGUCCCGUCUCCCCCGACAGCCCUUGUUGUUCCUUGUCUCGCUUUCUUUUUUUUUUUUUGUGCGCGUGUUUAGCCUUCACGAGGCCUCCUAGCUGUGUCCACCCGCUUUCCUCUUUCUUGUACAUACUUCAUGAACCGAAUCAUCCCAUGCGUCCCGAAGAAAGCGAAUGCAAAAUAACUGCGAACAGCCAUGGGAGCAUCCGGUACGAAGUUUAGCGUGCCUCGUGCGCUUUUUGCCUUGACGAUACUGCUUUGAAACUUCUGUCUCUGGCUUGUCUUUUUUUUUAUGUGCCGCGCAUGUUGUUGUCGUUUUAGUGCAUAGUGUGUUCAAAGAGCCUGUAAAUACUGUACACUUCUCCAAAAUUCGCUUAAGAGAUACCCAAGCUUGUCUUCAACAUUGCGAGAGUAGUAUUCUUUUAUCAAACUUUGUAUGUGUGACCAGUGAAUGUUCUAGCAGUUUGUGUGUCUUCAUAAGGUGGGGUCAUCGAGCGAUUCCUUUUUUUUAAUACGGUGUCAAAUUGCCUCUGUAUUUACAAUUUUAACUUCCUUAGCGUUAUGCAGUCGUGAGCAAAUUUUUUUGUUUCGCUUGUCUUUUCGUUUUGGCCCUACCAUGGGUUUCCGUCUGGACUGCAGUAUAUGAACAGAACAUUGGAUAUUUCUAUUAAAUACCUUUUAAGGUUCUAGCCUUUCUUGAAGAAUAUUCUUAAAUGCUGUUCUAUAUAGUUGUUUCAUUUACUUUUUUUUACUACAAAGCGUUAACGGUAAAUUGCAGCAUCAUGCACAGGCUUCAGUUCUUUGCAUUUAAAAUAACCCUAUUCAACUUCUGUAAUUCUUUUUUUUCUGUGCCUGUUCACUGCUAGAAUCUUAAUAUAUUGUAUGCAAAGAGUGCGUGUUGUUGUACGGUGUUUUCACACAUCCACAUGCAACUGCUGCAAAGCAAUUUUUUGUACAUGUUUAAUUUAAGAACGUCGCUGCAUCAAAGACCAAACAGUAGCUUCCAAGACGUACCAAAACAGUGAUGUGUCCGCAUUAGUCAUCUUGGCUAGCUUUUCAGCGUAACUGCUGACAGGCUCCAAAGAGUGGCACAGUUGAAGACACUGGUCUCGACCUUGUAUUGCUUCGAAAACAUUUUUGUACAGAAGUUUUCAUAGUUGUCAAUACAAUAAAUUGAUGGAUUUACAAAAAAAA